AUGAAUAGAGACUCCACUUUGAACAAUGGCGAUGCUUUACCAGACAUGCUCCUCCAAACCGUGGAAUAUUUGAAGAGUCAAAAGAGGACCAAAUACGACCUCGAACAACAAAUUAUUAUGCUUCAAAAGAAUAACCAUGAAAUGAAAAACGAAACUUUGGUUUUAGUCAAAAAACUCGAAGAAACGAAAAGAUUAAAUGAAUCUUUGAUGCGUGAGAAUCAGUCAAUGAAAGGCUUAAAUGCCACUCUUGAAGGAAAAGUGCAGCAGUUGGAGCACCGCACAGAGUCAACAGAGACAGAGCGAAUGAGAUUAUAUUUGAAGUUCAGAAGGGCCAUUGAAUCCAAUCAAAAGAUUAGAAAAGCCUAUAUAGCAUUGAAGAUUCUGAUGAGAAAAAUUUGUGAUAGUGAAUUAGAAAUUGACGCAGUGGAUGACAUCAGUGCAUUAGAGGAAGAUAUUCUUGAUAGUUUAGAUGAAUUAAAAAUUAGAGACAGAUGUACAGUUUUGAAUUAUGGCACAGGUAAAAAGAACCUGUCAAUUACUGAUGGUGAUAAUCUAAACGCACCCAAGUUGUUGGAAUUGCCGUUGUCAAGAUCCAGUUCAAUCAUGAAAACGAAAAACACAAACUCUAGAGAGAAUCAUGCAAAUAAUAAACCAAAAUUCAGGAGGAAUACUAACAUCGAGCUGAAUACUUCUAUAAGCAGAGACGAUAUUUCAAUAUCAACAGGUAACACUGGAUUUGAAUUUUCGUUGCUUCAUGAAAUUGAUUCCCCCAAUACUACCCAUGAGGAUCUAACAAGACCAAGAACUGUGACUGUGAAGAUUGUUUAUUCAAAAAAAAGUUUUAAACGGAAAGAAACGCCCGAUAGGAUCCGCAGCAUUGAUGACUUCGUUUCGAGUUUUGAUUCAAGAAUGACAUUUGACGAACUUUUCGAAGUGUAUGAAUCCUGGUUCAGGACGCGUUACAUGGAUGAAGCCAGUCACGGAUUUUCAAGGUGGAGGUACUUCUUUGAGAGUCUGAUGAUUACAUCCUACGAUCUACCUCUUGGGAUGAUUGUUCAUGGUAAGGACAGAGUAGUAAUAAUUGAGCUGAGUAGAUAUUACUAA